GCGGGUGCAGUUUGGAUUCGGUUUGUGGGGUUUUAGUUGUCGUUGGCUCUGCUCUGCUCUGUUCUCAAUGUGUGUGGAAUAUUUCAUUUAUUUUCGGCCUGGCUUCCAGAGAAUCAGCGAAAACGCGAACGUAUAGAAUGUGUGCCGUAUGAACUUUCAUUUCACUUUCAAUUUCCUCGUCGUGUGUUCCAUUUCUGUGUGAUUUAUUAGUGGCAGUGCUGUAAUGUGUGUUUUCGAAACCCUACCAAAAUAGAGACAUUCCGAACGACCCUUUUUUUCUGCCACACUUUACGCUGUGUGUUGGUGCUUUAUCGUGUAUUGCUUUUGUUGUUGAUAUUCGUAAGCGACGCACAAUUCUGUUGCUGCUGUAGCGGCGUUUUUGCUCCAGUUCCAGUUCCAUCAAAGCUCCCCGUAAAGCAGUGCAUCAUCAACCACUUACCGUUACCGGUAUAAGCAACAUGGAAGCGUUGGAAAGGAACAAUGCGAAUAGCUACAGAUUCGGCACCAUUGACUAUAUUGUAUUUCUGGGCAUGAUUGUGCUCUCCACCACCACUGGCAUAUAUUUUGGAUGCAUUAAAAAGAGUAAACCGAAGCUGGAGGAGACGGAACCCACAUUGCCAACGACAACGCCAGUGGCGCGAAGGAAACAUGAUUUUGGUUCGGAAAAGAUGAGCGAAUAUCUGCUGGGAUCAAGGAAUCUCAAAGUAUUCCCCGUUGCCAUGAGUCUCAUAGCCAGCUAUAUAUCUGGCGUUACGAUACUCGGCACCACAUCGGAAAUCUACAAUUAUGGCACGCAAUAUUGGUUUAUAGCCAUCGCAAUUGUGCUGCAGGGUAUUGCUGUAUCCUAUAUCUAUAUACCGGUAUUUUCUGCUCUACAAGUUGGCUCUUCCUAUGAGUACCUGGAGAUGCGUUUCCAUUCGGUGAUACGCAGCAUAGCAUCGUUUAUGUUCAUUUUGGAUGAGAUACUAUUUUUGCCCUUUAUUGUGUAUGUGCCAGCUUUGGCUCUAAAUCAGGUCUCCGGCAUCAAUCUCCACGUCAUAGCGGUGAUAAUCGUAGUUGUUUGCGUUUUCUAUACGUUUGUGGGCGGCAUCAAGGCCGUUGUCCACACAGAUGCCUGGCAGGUGCUGGUCAUGUUCCUCUCCGUUCUGGCUGUGGCUGUUUUGGCCACUUAUUAUGCCAAUGGCUGGGAUGCCCUCUUCGAUGAUGCCUCCAAGGGCGGACGUCUGAUCUUUACCAACACGGAUCCCUCCCCGUAUGUGCGUCACACUAUCUGGAGCGUGCUCAUUGGCGGCUUCUCCUAUUGGACCUCCUUCAAUGCGGUGAAUCAGACCAUGGUGCAGCGCUACAUGUCGCUGCCUUCGCUGAAAAAGGCUCGUGCGUCUAUGGCCAUUUUCACCAUAGGAGUUGCUGCCUUUGUUUCUGUUUGCUGCUAUGUGGGUCUGCUGAUCUUUGAGAUGUACAAGGACUGCGAUCCAUUGAGUUCGGGUUUGAUAACGCACGACGAUCAACUGUUGCCCCUCUUUGUGGUCCAGAGUGUAGGUCACAUCUAUGGCAUGCCCGGACUAUUUAUUGCUGGCAUAUUUGGCGCUGCUUUGAGCUCACUUUCGGUGGUGUUGAACUCCACAUCGCUGGUCAUUCUGGAGGACAUUGUGCGUGGCUGCUUCAAGAUGAAGCCCAGCGAAAGAGCCUCCAACAUUGUGGUCAAAUCCACCGUCAUAGUCCUUGGCUUUGUGGCACUUUCCUUGGUGUUUGUGCUCGAGCAGCUGAGUGGAAUUCUGAGCAUUUGCACCUCGAUGACGGCCAUUGCAGCGGGCACAACCUUUGGUCUGUUUACACUCGGCAUGCUCGUGCCCUGGGCCAACACAGUGGGCACUGCUGUGGGUGGCAUAGCCAGUGCGCUGCUCGCUGGUUGGAUAUCCUUUGGCACACAGUUUACUAUUGCAGCGGGCGAACUUAAUUCCCAGAAGCUGCCCAUUUCCGUGGAGGGUUGUGUGGGCAAUGUCACAAUGCCCGAGAACAUUUGGGUGGAUGAGGAGCAAGUGUUCCCGUUGUAUCGACUGUCCUAUCACUGGAUAAAUCCCAUUGGCGUGGCCACAGCGAUAGUGGUGGGUGCACUCGUCUCGCUGGUGACCAAACCCACAGAUAUAAAGAGUCUAGAUCCGGAUGUUAUAUCACCAGUGAUUCACAGAUUCCUGCCAAAAGAAUGCUUUGAGGGACGCAAUCUUCAUGCGCAGGCGCACAAGAACCUCCUGAAUAGCAGCACAUGAGUGCCAAAUAUUAUAGAAACCCUUUAUCAGGCGGCAUAGCAUUGUAUUCCAAACAAUUUUGUUGUUGGUUUAGUCUGUAGUUACCUUAGAAAUAAUCUAGUACAAACCGAAGUACAGGAACCGAUGAAUCUGCAUGGAGUCGGAGGGGUAUUCCCACAUUCUAAAUGCAUAAUCAUUUAGUGUAAUUAUUAUUUGUAUUAUUAAUUUAGCUUUAUUGAAUGGUUCUCUUUCUGUUUCAUUUUUUUUUAAGCAUUAUUCUCCGUUCUAUCCUUUUUUUUUUGGCAUAUUUUUUGUUCUAUUUUAUGGAGCUGCAGCAGACCGUAUUCCGUGUGACUUUACAAGCAUAAUAAUGUCUGUGAUAAAAUUCAAUAAACACAACCACCAAUA